AGAGCAUCUAACAGCAUCUCACCACUUGCUCUCUGGGAAAGCUUCAGAGUGGGCUACUUGGUCUGAACUGCUUCUUUUUUUUUUUGGUGGCUGUUUCGUUGUAACGCCGCAUUGAUGGCAUCGUGCGCACACGCAGCGCGUCCUCGCACUGCGCUCUAGGGUUUUUGCAUCAGAAGGAAAGCGCAGGAGAAACUCUUGGAGAAAAGCAAAGAGAUGCGCCUGCGACUGUAGUGCGUUAUCUUGGCAGGGAUCAGUUGCCGGGGAUUGCAAAUGGCACACAGCGGGGCUUUCCUUGUGGAAUAAGACGCUUCGUUCUCCACUUCGAUCACACACAAAAACACUCGACGUGUAACAUAAACGCGCGUACAACUUGUAAUAACCCCACGGACUGACAGCUGCAUCCGAAUUUGACAAGAUUCCAGGAGGACAGCGCGGACCGGAUCUUGAAUAUUGACACGCAAAGUGAAUGGAUUUUGUGUCUGCUGAAGUUAUUUUAAUGCCAGUGCUGUGAUAGUGGUGGAUUGAUGGUGAGACACCUGCCUGUGGAAGCGCCGGUGCACAUAUAGAGAGAGAUUAUCAUCUGCGGACCCACUGGUUCCACGCGAAGUCUCUGGCUGCAGGUAAAUCAUCUGAUGACCAAAUGGAACUAACUUUACAAGUAGGGAUUCUUUGGGUCCUGGUGCUGCACUGUGGCUCUGCUAAAGGCAGCAUCCUGUACCGGGUCCAAGAAGAGCAGCCUCCAAACUCUCUUAUAGGUAGUUUGGCAGCGGACCAGGGACUACCCGACUCGGGUCAUCUCUACAAGCUAGAGGUGGGUGCCCCUUACCUGCGUGUUGAUGGGAAGACGGGCGACAUUUUCACCACAGAGAUUCCCAUAGACCGAGAGACUCUGAGGGAUUGUCGAACCCUGGCCAAGGGUAAACCCUGCUAUCUGGAAUUUGAAGUAUCAGUAACAGAUCUGAUCCAAAAUCAGAGCCCACGACUCAUUGAAGGACGUAUUGAGGUACAAGACAUCAAUGACAAUACCCCACAGUUCCCCUCUUCUGUGCUUACCAUCUCUGUCCCAGAGAACACCAUCAUGGGGGCGCUGUUCUCCAUACCUUUGGCUACGGACAGGGACUCAGACAGGAACGGGGUAGCUGACUAUGCUCUGACUGCAGGGCCUGAUGCAGCAACGCUGUUUGGCUUACAAGUAGCAGAUGACAGGGGAGGGAAGCUCCCCCAACUGAUCGUCCUUGGCAACUUAGAUCGCGAGCUAAAGGAUUCCUAUGAUCUCACCAUCAAGGCAGUGGAUGGAGGAAACCCUCAGCGCUACAGCAGUGCUCUGCUCAGAGUGGUGGUCACUGAUGCCAAUGACAAUGCUCCGAAGUUUGAAAAGUCCACAUACGACGCUGAAGUUUCGGAGAACAGCCCAGCGGGUCACUCUGUUUUACAGGUCAAAGCGAAUGACUCUGACAUGGGCCCUAAUGGAGAAAUUGAGUACACCCUUCAUCAAGCGGUUGAUCCAGUGCCGAGGCUCUUACGAAUUGAUCAUUCCUCUGGUAUCAUCUACGUGAAAGGAUCGCUGGACAGGGAGGAAAUCAGCAGCCUAUCCUUCUAUGUGAUGGCAAAGGAUAAGGGCCCUCAACCAAAAAGCUCCAAGACAUUUGUAACCAUCGAGGUGACGGACCAAAAUGACAACGCUCCAGCUGUGGAGAUUCGUGGAAUCGGUCUUGUGACCCAUAGCGAAGGAGUGGCUAACAUUUCCGAGGAUAUGCCAGUGGGAACAGCUGUAGCUUUGGUGCAAGUGUCUGACAAGGAUGAGGGAGAGAAUGCCGUGGUCACAUGUGUAGUUGCGGGAGAUGUGCCCUUCCAGCUCCGCCCUGCCAGUGACUCAUCCAGCGACAACAAGAGGAAGUAUUUUCUACAGACUACAACUCCUCUUGACUAUGAAAGGGUGAGGGAUUACCGGGUUGAAAUCGUGGCUGUGGAUUCUGGAAACCCAGCAUUGUCUAGUACCAAUUCCUUGAAGGUGCAGGUGACUGAUGUGAAUGAUAACUCUCCAAUAUUCUCCCCAAACUUGUUUGAGGUUGAUUUUGCUGAAGAAAACCAACCAGGGGAGAAGGUUUUGGAUGUUACAGCUUCAGAUGCAGACAGUGGUACUAAUGCUGAACUUCUUUAUAAUAUACUGGCAGACUCAUCCAUCAAAGGUCUCUUUGAGAUUGACCCAAAUACAGGGGAAGUGAGAGCCCGGAGCCCACUGGAUCGUGAGCAUAAAGAACGUUAUGAAUUCCGUGUCACAGCAGCAGAUAAAGGAUCACCUGUUCAUAAAGGAACUGCAACUGUUGUAAUAAAGGUGCUUGACCGCAAUGACAAUGACCCCAAGUUUAUGCUUAGCGGCUACAGCUUUUCUGUUUUGGAAAACAUGCCUCCACUCAGUCCAGUCGGUAUGGUGACAGUUAUGGAUGCAGACAAAGGCGAGAACGCUCGUGUUCAGCUCUCUGUUGAGCCGGACGGAGGAAAGUUUGUCGUUCAAAAUGGAACAGGCACCAUUCUCUCAAGCAUCUCAUUCGACAGGGAGAAAGACAGCAGCUACACUUUCCGUCUCAAAGCAGUGGAUGGAGGAGAACCUCCUAGGUCCUCAUACGUGGGUGUCACUAUCAACGUAUUGGAUGAAAAUGACAAUGACCCUGUGGUUACCAAACCCUCCAAUUCCUCUUAUAGACACUUGUCGCCGCUAGCUUCUCCAGAUAGCCAUGUGGAAGUAGUGGAGGCUGAAGAUUUGGACAGUGGACCUAACGCAGAGUUGGUCUUCAGUAUUGCUGGUGGAAACCCUUACCAGUUAUUUCGAAUCUCCCCUUCCAGUGGUGAGGUCACUCUCGCAAAGGAGAUGACCCGGAAACAUGGUGGACUACAUCGCCUAGUGGUGCGAGUGAGUGACAGGGGUAAACCUGCACGUCACACCAUUGCCCUGGUUCACAUUUAUGUCAACGAAACCAUUUCAAAUGUCAGUUUAGUCGAAGCUCUAGUAGGACACAGUCUUUACACUCCACUGGACAGGGACAUUGCGGGUGAUCCUGACAAUGGUUUUGCUGCACAGCGUAGUAACAUUCUGUUUGGAAGCCUUGCCGGAGUUGCAGGUGUUGUCAUGUUGAUCUUGGUUGUGGUAUUUAUUAGACACCGCAUCCAGAGAGAAACUAAAAGUGGUUACCAGGCUGGAAAAAAAGAAACAAAGGACUUGUAUGCACCCAAACAAGUACCAAAGAAUGCAAAGGGCAAGCGCGGACGCAAAGGAAAACCCCAGAAGUCACCAAAACCACUUGGGGAGGACGAGGAGGUCAGCCUGCAAAAGAGUCUCAAGUUUAACCUCGAUGGGGUCAAUGACAGCCCCAGGAUACAUCUGCCCUUAACAUACUCACCAGGGAGCCCUGAUAUAGGCAGGCACUACCGCUCCAACUCCCCACUACCCUCCAUCCAGCUGCAGGCCCAGUCACCCUCUGCCUCACAGAAGCAUCAGGCUGUUCAGGACCUGCCCGCUGCCAACACCUUUGUGGGAACGGGAGGAGACGACAACUCGACCGGCUCAGACCAAUACUCUGACUACAGCUACAAGACCAGCCAGCCCAAGUACAACAACAAACAGCAUCCUCAUCGGCGGGUGACCUUCUCCACCACCAACCCCGUGCAGGACCUGCAGGAUGCCUCUCAACACAGCUACUAUGACAGUGGCUUGGAGGAAUCAGAGACACCCAGCAGCAAGUCAUCAUCUGGUCCUCGCAUUGGACCCCUGACCCUGCCUGAGGACCACUACGAGAGGACCACUCCAGAUGGAAGCAUCGGAGAGACUGAACACCCAGAAAAUGAUAUCCGCUCCCUCCCUGAUGUGGCGAUGACUGGAAACUGUACGCCGGAGUGCAGCGAACUGGGCCACUCAGACGCUUGCUGGAUGCCGGGACAUCCCUCCCCCGUACGCAAGACCAGGAAUCCGCCCAAACUCUCCACCUUUGUGCCUUACCAGGAGAGAGGUAGCCUGGGUCGCCUGGCGAAUGGGAGCGCCAGGCUGGGUGGCGAGGAGCACCGGUCGCGCCUUCCGCCCUCCCGCAGUGCCUAUUCCAGUGGUGGUCACGACGCCAGUCAGGACUGCCCCUUAGAGGAGGUGGCCCUCAGCGCGGCCUCCGAGUUCCCGCCCACCUCCCCGCCUGCCCACACUCCUAAAAGAGAAAUCUACCUGUGAGAUUUAUCAUCUCUAAUCAGUGCACAAAUGAGGAAAGAUUACACCCACUUUGGAAGGAAAAAAAACAACAACAGGCUGUUCACACACUAAAGCCAAUGCCCAUUUUGUAGGUAACAGUAGGCUGUGACUUCAUUCACUUCCUGGCAUGGACACUUGCUUUUGUCAUUUCCUCAUUAAAUUAUUAAUUUAUUUGCAUAUUUAUUAAGACUUCCACAAAGUUAAUAAAUCACUCACUCACUCACCCACUCACUCACUCACUCACUCACUCACUCACUCAUUUAUUUAUACAAGAAUCCUGAAGGAUACAAUUCAAAAUGGUUUAGUAGGAAACACAGAUGGUAACUGCUACUUUAGUAGUAAGUGAUUAUUGUUGUAGUUAGCCAAGUCCCAUUCUGUGAAGUGAUCGUUUUAAAAAUUUGAAAGUUGUGCUCAGUGCUCUUGUGCCAUUAUUAGAUAUAAUUUUUAAUAGAAAGCCAGUCGGGCCAUAUCAAAAGGCAAGACUUUUGACUAACAAUCAACUGAAAUGGUCUUAUCUUAAUGUACAGUGCUGUAAAUACAUUUGAAUGGUGUGUUCUACAUAUAUUUUUGUCCUGCAAAAAGUGAAAGACAAAAAAAAAAUGGAAUUGCCUCAGAGGUUUUUUGAAUAUUUAAGCUUUUCUUUGCUGCUGCUGUUUAAACUUGAUUGAAAACAUCUCCAGGAGUAGAGCUUGAUAUUGUGGAAGGCGUCUCUCUCUCUCUCUCUCUCUCUCUCCCCCUCUCUCUCUCUCUCUCACACACACACACACGCGCGCACACACACCUCGGAAACCUAAUCAUAGUAGAAUGGCCUUUACCUCUGCUCCCCGUAGAGCUCUGACACUGGUGGAGAAAGCUGUGUGGAAACAUUUAAACUGACAGUGUCUUUCCACUGACUCUCAGCACUGUGACCUAUCGCUCCAUCAUAUAAACGGUUGAGUUGGCCACGGAAGCCCUAGAGUCACGUUGACCGAAUGCAGACUUACUCACGCAGGAUGCAUUCAGAUCAGUGUUUCUUAUACUGUAUAUAUAAAAAAAAAAAACAACAACCUGUGACUCACCCUUUCGGUUAAAAUCACAUCAGAAUGUCACUUCAGUGCGCUUAUACCUAUUGUGACAUCGCAGGGUGAGUCUAACUAGGAAGUAAUAUUGAAUAGCCACCAGGGGGCAGAUCUGCUGGUUCCAAAAAGAACUCUACUAUUUGAACGGAUGUCUUCAUCUAUCUAUCCUCUAUGUAAGGACUUUAGUGGAUCCAGCGGUCGCAUGUGUCGUUUACGUGAAAGGGGCACUUGAGCGAUGAGAGCCGCUGGAGAGACGGAGCACUUUCGAAAGUGAAUAUCCUAGCUGCUAAUGAUGAGUGCGCUGCAUUCAGAGGCACAGUCUUUUUGUUUUUAAAGUAUCACUUCUCGCGCCACGUGUAUAUGUGCGUCUUCUGGAGUGAAACCGGGGACUCACAGAAAAUGUGAGUCUCUGUGCAUUUUUACCCAAUGAGCACGUAUGGUUUCAAGUAAUGUGCUCUCAGAAACGCAACGCUAAUAAUAAUAAUAAUAAUAAAAAGAA